UAGCUGUGGUGCUGUGUCUCCCUUCGGUAUCUGGUGGCUGAAUCUGGUCUCCAUGGCGGCCAAGCGAAAGCAGGAGGAGAAGCACCUGAAGCUGCUGCGGGACAUGACAACGCUGCAGCACAACAGGAAAUGCUUCGACUGCGACCAGAGAGGCCCGACCUAUGUCAACAUGACCAUCGGCUCCUUCGUCUGCACGUCCUGCAGCGGCAUCCUACGUGGGUUAAAUCCUCCGCAUAGAGUGAAGUCAAUCUCCAUGACCACCUUCACACAGCAAGAAAUUGAGUUUCUCCAAAAACAUGGUAAUGAGGUCUGUAAACAGAUUUGGCUGGGAUUGUACGAUGAAAGGUCAUCAGUUUAUCCAGAUUUCAGAGAUCCUCAGAAAGUCAAAGAUUUCCUGCAGGAAAAAUACGAGAAGAAAAGAUGGUUUGUGCCAGCAGAACGGGCCUGGGCAGUGGCAGCAGCCCACGCUUCUAUUUCAGGUUCCUCUGCUAGCAGUGCAAGUAGCACUCCUGAAGUAAAACCAGUCAAGUCACUCCUCUAUGAAACCACGCCUGCACUACCUUUGAGCAAAGGAACACCAACCCAAUCCCCAGCAGUGAGUCGCUCUCAAGGAUCCCAACAGGAGAAGAAAGUGGCUCCAUUUGACCUUCUUACUGACCUCGGAGGGGAUAUCUUUGCUGCUCCUCAGUCUGCACCUCCAUACUUUGCAAACUUCACACAUUUUAACAGUCAUGCAGCUCCAACCUCCCUGAAUACAGAUUUUGCAAACUUUGAUGCGUUUGGAAGUUGUAAUGCUUCUGAUAAUUUUGGAGCUUUCUCCUCAGCAAGUCUGCCACCUUUCCAGUCCAACAGUACAGUCUUCAGAACACUUUCAUCAGGCAGCAGUUUUGGUGACUUUACUUCCGCUUUUCCUCUCCCAGCUGCCCACAGUGGAUCCUCUGCUUCAACUAAUGCUAACUUUGCAAAUUUUGAUAACUUCCCAAAAUCAUCUAGUGCUGAUUUUGGAGCUUUCUGUUCCUCGGGGAAUGACACAACAGUAAUCAAAGCGCAUGCUGUCACUCAGGAUAAAUAUGCAGCACUUGCUGAUCUGGAUAACGUUUUCAGCUACAGCACAUCUACACAAGGUGGAAGUAAUCAACUGCCUAAUUUCAGCUCGACGACUGUUGGAUCUUCUGUGAUGACUGCCAAUCAGUCAAGCUCCUCAGCAAACAAUGUGUUUGGGACAAUACAAAGUGCUACAGCAGCACAGACUCAUUCUGGGGUCAGCACAACACCUGCAGCAUUUGGAGCAGCAACCAAUCCAUUUGUAGCAACUCCUGUUUUGCCAGCAACUGCUGCCACAAACCCAUUCCAGACUAAUGGAAGAACUGCAGUAAGCUUUGGAACAGCAUCAAUGAGCAUGCCCACUUUGUUCGCCACUCCAGCUGGAUAUACUCUUCCCACCAGCUUCAGUGGUGGCUUCCAGCAGCCAAUUUUAUCUGCUCCUGUGACCUUCCCUCAGCAUUCAGCAUUUCCACAGCAAGCAGUUGGUGGCGGAUUUGGUUCAUUUGGACAAUCAAAGCCAAUGGUCAUGCAGUAUGGUCAACCAAUGGGAACAUCUGCAGUAUCUAGUAACCCAUUUCUGGCUGGAGCUCCAAUGGGGCAGUUUCCAACAGGAAGCUCUUCAACCAAUCCAUUCUUAUAGCCGAAUUGGUUCUUGUCAGGACUGUGAUGUCGAUGCGUGACGUCUCCAGAUCUCUUGCACAGUUGUGUUGUUCACUGAUCUUAGCUUUAAUCACAAGGGUCUCUAAAGCCUGUAUUUUGUAUAAUGGGGUAAUAUAUGCAGAAAGGAAGGACUUCCCGCAUGUCCUUUAUUUAACUUUUGGCAAGAAGGCUCAAGAUGUAGCCAUAUCAUGUAUAUUGAAAUGGGCUAAUGUUAAGUUAUUGCAAAUCCUACCUUUCAUUGCUCUGCAGUACUGUACAUAUUUUUUCUUAGAAAUUUAGCUAUUUGUGCAAAUUGUAUUUGUAAUUUAACACAUUUAUGUUAAUGUGAAAUGUUAUUGAGCAGAAAGAAUCAUCAAUAAAGUUGCUGUAUCUAUAAGGAUGAAACUGCUAUAACAUCGGCCUUUUAAGUUCUAGUUUUAGAUGAACUAGAAAUUUUAUUAAUUAGGUGACUGAAAAAGGGAUUUUUCUUUCUCAGAGGAAAAUCCUUUUAUUUAUAUUUGGAGUAUGUAGAAAACUGCACCUCUACCUAAUAAAGGAGAUCAUGUUUUGCUACAAGGUUUGCAAUUGACAAAAUAAAUACAAUAUUAGUAAAAA